ACAAGGUCUCUCCUAUUUGGACGUCAGGGCAUCUCUGCCACUCUCUGGAAAUACCAUACAAAACAAAGCAACAUCCAAAGAAAACGGCCUCCGAUCGUAUUCACACAGUACUGGAUGCGAGUUAUACCUCCUCGAGAUGGGAUACCUACCAACACCGUCAUGUUCGAAUGUAGUUUCCAGAUGAAUAAGACAGAGAUUAAGGACUACCUCAAAGAUAUUUACAAUUUGGAGACGCAGCAAGUCAAUACAGAGGUUGUGGACGGGGAACGAUUCAAGUUCCAAGUUCCCGAAUUAGGAAUCAAAACGCACACAAACACUCAUAAGAAGAUAGCAUACGUGGUUCUAAAAGACCACGAUAUGAGUUAUCCUAACGAUGAAUUUUUUAAAUCUCCCGAUUCAUCACCCGAAUCAUCUGAUUUAGUAGUUGCCCCAUCUUGACGGUAGAGCAUUGCUGAUCCAUGCUGCAAACAUCUGGUAACAGCCUCCGCUCUUUGUUGCUCAGAAUUGGCGCAAUGCCAAAAUCUGUAGAGCUGGAUACUCUUCCUCUUCCUAUAUUUCUGAUUCUUAUAUUGAAUAAAUAUAGUUAGACCACAACUAAUGAUUCUCUUUGUAUGCCAUGUUUUGCAAGUUACCCCGGUAAAUCAAGUUACCCCGGUAAAUCAAGUUACCCCAGUAAAUCAAGCUUCCCCGACCUAAAUCAAGCUUCUUCACAAACUGGUUUUUUAUUACUUGUUGACCUUCACUGAAGGUCCUUCAGUAAUGAUAGCCACGGUGAGACUUGAGUCCCAUGAUGAACUGUCGGAUAACUUUCAGGGUGAUACAAAUGGUUCUUCUAUCUUAACACAUAUGAAUGUGCUUAUUUUAGCUGGGGUAUACGAAGAUUUUUAAAGUUCGUUUUAUGUUUAAAUACCAGUUUUAGGGCUAUGACGAGUUUUACAUUUGCCACUGACUUAAUGAUUUAAUUUAUUACUGAAAACUGUGACCCUGUUUUAUUAGCUUAUUGAGAAUAUAUUCU